AUGUCGCUGCACCUGAUGCUGCUGCUGCCUGUGUUGUGGGGACUGCCCACGGCUCAGGAUCAGAGGUACCAGCUGAAACUACGGGAGUCCGUGACAGUGCAGGAGGGCCUGUGUGUCCUCCUGCCCUGCAAAUUUUCCUAUCCCUGGACUGUCUUUGGAACCCUCCACAUGUUUUGGUUCCAGAAAGGGGCGGAUAGAAACCGUAAUUCUCUGGUGGCCACAAACAAAGAGAAACAGAAACUGCAUGAGAGCACCCAGGGCCGGUUCUUCCUCCUCGGGGACCCCCAGGCCUACAACUGCUCCCUGAGCAUCAGAGACGUCAACAUGGGGGACAGUGAGACGUACUUAUUUCACAUGGAGAAUUCCUGCAGGAAACACUCGUAUCAGGAUAAGAUGCUCUCUGCGUCUUUGACCCACAGGCAUGAAAUCCUUAUGUCAGGGAGCCUGGAGUUUGGCCUCCCCAGGAACCUGACCUGCUCUGUGUCCUGGGCCUGUGAGCAGGGCACACCCUCCAUCUUCUCCCGGAUGUCAGCUACUCUCACCUCCCUGGGCCCCAGGACCCUCCUCUCCUCUGUGCUCACUCUUACCCCACGGGCCCAGGACCAUGGCACCAAUCUCACCUGUCAGGUGAAGUUCCCUGCAGCUGGUGUGACUGUGGAAAGGACCAUUCAGCUCAAAGUCACCUAUGCUCCACAGAACAUGGUGAUCAACAUUGCCCAAGGAAACAGCAGAGCGCUCAAGAUCCUGCAAAACACCUGGACCCUUCCCGUCCUGGAGGGCCAUGCUGUGCGGCUGCUCUGUGUGGCUGACAGCAAACCCCCUGCAGAGCUGAGCUUGUUCCAGGGGUCCCCAGCCCUGAACGCCACCCCUAUAUCCACCACCGCCAUGCUGGAGUUGCCUUCCAUAGGGACUACAGGAGGAGACUUCACCUGCCUCACUCAGCACCUGCUGGGCUCCCAAAAUAUAUCUGUGAGCCUCUCCAUGGCCUGUAAACCAGAACCUAGGGCCAGUGGGGUCCUAGGAACAGUUGGGGGAGCUGGCAUCAUGGCCCUGCUUUCUCUUUGCCUGUCUCAUCUUUUUAGAGUGAAGACCUGCAGGAAGAAGGCGGCCCAGCCAGUGCAGAGCUUGGACGACGUGAACCCAGUUGAGGGCUCAGGCUCCAGGACGCAUCAGCACGAGUUCUGGACAGACUCCCCUUCAGACCACCCAGCCCCUGCUGGGGCGAGCCCCAUCUCAGGAGAGGAACCAGAGCUCCACUAUGCUUUCCUCACAUUUCACAAGCCCCAAAAAAAAGGUACCAACACCGAGUACGCAGAGAGCAAGACACACAAGUGA